AGAAACUGCUGUGCGCUGACACUUCCGCGUUAGUCCUGCAGCGUGACAUUUUAUGUCCAACGUUAAAUGUGUGUUAAAUGCAACUCUGCUCAUACGUAAAGAAAACGCGUCUUCCAUUACAUGAUGUCUCUCAGCAGAGCUAGAAAUGGUGUAUUCCAGGAAAAGUCCAAAGAUGAAGCUUGAACCUGAUGGUUUGAAUUAACACUUUUGUCCCAUCAUUGGCUGUGCUCCCUUUAGUGGAAUGAACUUUAUCCAACUUUUGGGGUAAUGGCACGGUUCAGACGGAAAUUUUGUUGUGCGCUGCUCGCUUUAGCCCUGGUUGUAUUUAUUAUAACAAUUAUUCUAAAGUCUCUGAGCCCUGAAGAUAACAGUUUUGGCAGUCAGUUUGCGUUAAGACUUAUUCCACCUCCUAGAGAAAUGGAAAAAGGCAACAAGGUUGCUGAAUCCACUAUGGCAGCACAGAUGAUAACAAAGAAGCUAUCUGCACAGAAAGCUGGCAGCCUGGAGGACAAAAUGCAAGAUUUACCUGAGCCUAUCUACAAUGUGCAUGCAUUUUACUAUGCAUGGUAUGGAAACCCUCAAUUUGAUGGAAAGUAUGUACACUGGGAUCAUCCACUGUUGCCACACUGGGACCCUAAAGUUGCAUCAGAUUAUCCUACAGGAAGACACCAGCCACCUGAAGACAUCGGAGCAAACUUCUACCCUGCCUUGGGACCAUACAGUUCUAGAGACCCCUCUGUUUUGGAAGAACACAUGCAACAACUGCGAUCAGCUGCUGUUGGUGUGCUUGCAAUUUCUUGGUAUCCACCUAGUAUGAAGGAUGACAAUGGUGAAGUGAUUGAUGCCUUGGUGCCUUUGAUUUUGGAUGCUGCUGACAAAUAUAAAUUGAAGGUUGUUUUUCACAUUGAGCCAUACAAAGGACGAGAUGAUGCAAAUAUGCAUGAAAAUAUUAAAUAUAUUGUGGAGCGGUAUGGAAACCAUCCUGCUUUUUACAGAUACAAAACAAACACGGGCAAGUUUCUUCCAUUGUACUAUAUAUAUGACUCCUACUUACAAAGCCCUGAAGUCUGGGCACAGUUGCUGAAGUCGGAUGGCAAAUACACCAUCAGGGACACAUCAUAUGAUGGCAUCUUCAUUGCACUUCUCGUGGAUGAUAAGCAUAAGAAGGACAUUCUGACUGCUGGCUUUGAUGGACUUUACACGUACUUUGCAACCAAUGGCUUUACCUAUGGUUCCUCACAUCACAACUGGAGAACCAUUAAAACCUUCUGCGAUUACAAUGAUUUGGUUUUCAUACCAAGUGUUGGGCCAGGUUACAUCGACACUAGCAUUAGGCCUUGGAACUCCAAGAAUACAAGGAAUCGCAUUAACGGAAAAUAUUACGAGACUGCCUUUAAUGCAGCAGUGGAAGCGAGGCCACAGAUCAUCUCUAUAACUUCAUUUAACGAAUGGCAUGAAGGAACACAAAUUGAAAAGGCUGUCCCCAAGACAUGGGGUAAAAUGACAUACCUUGACUACCUUCCUCAUAAGCCUACUGCUUAUUUAGAGAUAACGCAGAAGUGGGCUAGAAGAUUCAGUGAGGAGCAGAAGAAAUGGCUGGAGUAAAUUGUUACUCCUAAAGGAGCAGUGAAUUUGUACUUUUGAUUUAACUACAUGCCUUCUAACCACUGUCUGUAAAUUUGACUCAUCAAACUUGCUUUCAUAGAAAUUCUGCCAAGAUGCUAUAAAUUAAAAAUAUUGCCUGUGGUCUGACCUUGCACCACAAUGAAAGAAUUAAUUUAUUUUGUUAUUUAUUAAUUAAUGGGAAUUAUUCAAUUCUUUUUUUAACAUUAAAUGAUUAA